AUGACUGGCUACAAAUCAAUCGGUGAUGGAGGACGACAGGAGGGUAUCACUGCCAUUGCAGAGGCCCGCGCAGCUGGGGUUACGUCGCUGGCAUCGAUCGCGUUUGUCGCUAUUAAUUCUGUUUUUGCUGUCUGUGUCCGCACCGGCUGCCACGCCGAGAUAGAUGCCCCGCUCUUAAUGUCUCCAGCUACAAGUUACAAGUUCCAUACAAUCGCAAAGCUUGCAGCACCGCUGCGUACUGUGCGCUGCUCUGCAAUUAAUUGUAAAAACGGGCCCACCGAGUCCAAGGUGGAUGUUUUGUGCGUUUCAAGGCACGUGGUUCAUGCGGCCAUCGCCGGACUGGCCACCCUUUCUGUCCUUACUUCAGCCGCACACGCCAGGCCUCAGGGGGUCAACCGACCCGAGCUGCUGCCACGGGGGGAACCCACCGCCGUUAUCGACGUGGCGGGCUUCCUGACACCCUCUGAGGAGAGGCGUAUUGCUGCGGAGGUGGCGGCCCUGGAGAAGGACACGGGUUUUAAGCUGCGGGUGCUCGCACAGAACUACCCGGAGACGCCCGGUCUCGCCAUCCGGGAGUACUGGGGGGUGGACGACAACACGGUUGUGUUUGUGGCUGACCCCACGUUCGGUGACAUACUCAACUUCAAUGUCGGUGCUGGGGUGGACUUGGAGGUGCCCAGGAGCUUUUGGACACGCUUAGCUGGCAAGUACGGCAACAAGUUUUACUGGCAGGAGAAUGGCGAGGCGGCGUCAAUCCUGAACGCGGUCUCCGCUAUCGACACCUGUCUGCGCGAGGAGCCGGGGAAAUUUAAAUGUAGCACGGUGCAGGGCGAGUUCGGGGAGAAGGCCAGCUCGGGGCCUUUCGGCAAAGCGUUCAGUCAGUAGCGACCUAGCGAAGGGGGGGGGGAGGUGCGUGCAUUAAGGAUGCUGCUGCUCCCGGGUAUGUGCAGCGUCGCGUCAUCACAUCUGACAUGGCUUCCUCUCAAAAAAAGAAGCAGCUGCGCAGUGAUAUGCAUCCCCCAAUAUACUUCACAGGGCAAUUAUUAUAGUGAUGUAUGUGCGGAUUUUGUUGACGUGGCCUUUCCGCGCGGUAUGUUCCCGUAUACACGUGCGCUUGUUGUGCCGCUCCUUACGUUGUGUGCUGGAUUCUAGGCGUUUUUAAACCUUGCCAGGGGCAGCUGCGAGGGAGGCCGGAGGGGGGGAAGUUGGUUAUACCCAGUUGGCGGGAAGGCUUUACGGGGACGUAUACGACGUGUUCGGGUGCACAGCGAAUGUCUCCGCGCGGUCCAUCAGCGGGUUAGGCGCAGGAGUUGCCCUUGAGGAGAUCGGCUGUUGUGCGGGCUGUCAGGCCAAAGGGUUCGUUUCACCGGUCCAGGGGGGAGAGAGAGGAGGACUGCAUGGCGGUGGUCACCAUGCGCAGGGCCAACCCCGGUUGUGUGGGAGCCGGGUCACCGUGUCUGUGUGUUUUUCGUCGUGAACACGGGAUUGUUGGGCAGAUGGAUGGCGUAAAAGACAAGGUGCGCUGUUCGGCAGUAAGAUGGUGUAACGACGUUCC